AACUCGCGCUGCAUGAGCGCGUAGAGCGAGGGCGGAAGUGUUGUUGCCAGUGGAACGGUAUGGCGGACUCCGUGUAAGGCCGCAAGCGGUGCAACUCAGCAUGAGUUUGCAGAGCGCGGAUACCAAUGUCUCAGCCAGGUCCACCGAAGAGGAAUCCUCUCUCCUGGCUGCAGGCGAAGGGCCCCGGCAGAGGAAUCCGCCAUGGUGGAACCGGCGCACACGCAUGGAACGGACGCUAUGUGGCGUUGCGACAGUGGCCCUCGGUAUGUUCGCCGCCACGGCCGUUGCUCUUGCCCUCCUCGGUUACCACUACCAGCAGAACAUAGGUGACUUGAAAUGGGGAGGACGUGGAUUUGCAUCUUCCCAAUUCGGCAAACGCAUACCGUUCUCUUCAAAUGCCGACAGACUCAUCGGAAGUGGCGAAGAAAGCUCGACUAGUGCCAAGCUCUGCCUCACGUCAGGAUGUGUCACAGCCGCGGCGUCUCUUAUAGCAAACAUGAAUCAAAGCGCGGAUCCGUGCAGUGACUUUUACGAGUUUGCCUGCGGCGGGUGGGUGCGGCGCCAUAACAUCCCGGACGACAAGUCGUCCAUGUCUCAGUUCUCGCUUUUACAAGACGAACUGGAUGCCAAACUCCGCAUUCUGGUUGAGGAGCCAACCAAGGAUACGGAGCCCCCCUUCAUACAGAAGAUGAAGCACAUGUACAAUUCCUGCAUCAACACAUCGGUCAUUGACAACAUGGGGGAGGAACCACUGAAGCAAGUGCUGAAGGAGAUCGGCGGGUGGCCUGUGGUUGAAGGGGACUCAUGGGACGCGACCAGCUUCAACUGGCUCGACGCCUUGUCGCGCUAUCGCAAGUUCGGCUACAGCCACGACAUUCUGCUCGACCUGUCAGUCAUUCCGGACUUCAGGAACAAUACCCGUUAUAUCAUCGAUCUGGAUCAAACUUCUCUCGGCCUGCCUGACCGGACGUACCUGAUUAAAGGCCUCAAUGACUCCGCAGUCGCGGCGUACUUCAAGCUUAUGACAGAAGCUGCAAUCAUGUUGGGAGCUGACAAGAGCAAGGUCACAGAGGAACUGAAAGAAGCUCUACAGUUCGAGAUCACCCUUGCCAAUUAUUCACUUCCCAGAGAAGAACGAAGGAAUAUCAGCAAGUUGUACAACAAGAUGCCGCUCUACGAGCUCAAGAAACUCGCACCUAAGAUAAACUGGGACCGCUACUUCGCUGAGCUUCUAGUCGACCCAGUUGCACAGGACGAGCCAAUCAAUGUGGUAGUGCCACAGUUUGUGCGUGACUUCGAGUCCCUCAUCGAACGCACGGACAAGCGCAUUGUCGCUAACUACAUGGUUUGGCGAGUGGUGCUCCAGUCCUAUGCCACGCUGAGCAAGCAGUGGCGGGAGAAGCUGCAAGAGUUCAACAACAUCCUCACUGGCAAGACCAGGGAAACUGCCCGCUGGGAACAGUGCAUGGGCUCUCUGACCGGAUCCCUGGGCAUGGCUCUGUCCUCCAUGUACGUGAGGAACUUCUUCCAGGAGGACAGCAAGGGUGCAGCGAUGAACAUGGUAACCUAUAUCUUGCGAGAGUUCCUCGACAUCCUCAACGGGAUCGACUGGAUGGAUCCAAUGACCAGGCAGAGGGCCAAGGAAAAGGCUCAAGCGAUCCAGCCAUACAUAGGCUAUCCCGAGGAGUUGCUGAAGGAUGAAAACGUGGCCAAGCACUACGAAAAUGUGACACUGAAGCCCAACGAGUACUUUGACAACAUCAUGAGACUUCGAAAGUGGUCGACGGAUUACGCGUUCGGACAACUGAGGAAACCGCACAUCAAGGGAGAGUGGAAGAAGCAUGCGCAAGUCGCUGUAGUAAAUGCUUACUAUAACAGCUUGGAAAAUUGCAUCGAAUUCCCAGCAGGAAUCUUGCAGGGUGCUUUCUUUUCCAAAGACAGACCCAACUACAUGAAUUACGGAGCCAUCGGGUUCGUGAUUGGCCACGAGAUUACGCACGGAUUUGAUGAUAGAGGUCGUCAAUUUGACAAAGAUGGGAACAACCUCAACUGGUGGGAACAUGAGACAGACCUCAAGUUCCGUGACAGGGCACAGUGCAUCAUAGAGCAGUAUGGCAACUACACUGUCAAGGAAAAUGGCAUGAAGGUAAAUGGCAUCAACACACAAGGAGAGAACAUUGCUGACAACGGUGGAAUAAAAGAAGCCUACAUGGCCUAUAAGAAAUGGGUUACAGCUAAUGGCGAGGAGCAUCCCCUUCCAGGGCUGAAGUACACUACUGACCAGCUGUUCUGGAUCAGCGCUGCCAAUGUGUGGUGUGGAAAAUACAGACCAGAAGUAAUGAAGUUAAGAAUAGUGUCAGGGUCACACAGUCCUGCACCAUUCAGGGUGAUCGGCCCCAUGUCCAACACCCCUGAGUUUGCCAGGGACUUCAACUGCCCUCUCGGGUCCUCAAUGAAUCCGAGCAGCAAAUGUACUGUAUGGUGAACUGCGCAACGAGGCCAACAGUGUGAAGGAAAAGGCACGUGUGCAGAGAGCUCUGCAGGCGCAGGCGGAUUUCCGCCUACCUUUAAAUUAAAUGUGCCGAUCUGAGAAUUACGAUCAAACACAUAACGGA